AUGGACAAUUACCCAAAGUUCGAAAAGGCGGGCGGCGCGGAUGGCGUCGCGGAGAAGAAACGCGCGGCGAGGGAGGCGAAGGAGGCGCACCGUCUGGCGCAGCGCGAGCGCGAGGCGCGCGAAGCUUCGCUCAAGGCGCUCGCCGCGGACAGGAAGGAGUAUAAGCGUCGAAAGGACGAGUGUCGCCUCAAGGGCGCGUGCCUCGACUGGUGCAACGUCGGGAAGUGUCACUUCGGGAGCGAGUGUCAGUUCGAGCACGUGGACGAGAUGAGAGGGACGCUCGUGGAGCUCGCGAAGAGGAUCGACGCCGCGGACGUGGGCGGGAAGAAGGGGAUAGUCAAGAACGCGGAGGAAGCGGAGCGACGCCGACGAGGGAAGUCGACGAAGAAGGAUAAGGACGGGAAGGAAAAAAAAGAAAACGGCGGCGGCGACGAGAGCGACGAGAGCGAGGACAGUUUCGAUCGCGCCGGCCGCGCCGGCGACGCGAGCGACAGCGACAUCGACAGCGACGACGCGAGCGACGGCGACGGCGACGCCUCCGCGAAGAAGAAGAAGAAGGAGAAGAAGAAGGAGAAGAAGAAGGUCCUCAGGCGCGUUCUAUACACUGGUUCCCAUACGACCGCGUCGGCGCGGUGA